UUUUCCUGUGAAACAAAGUUUCUGCCUCGCGUGCACGCGCAGAGAGAGAGAGAGAGAGAGAGAGAGAGAUCAGCCAAUCGGAGCGCUCGGGGUGACGUCAAGCAGCCUGUAGAGCGCGCAGAUGAGCGAGGAUUUCAGAGCCGCAACAUCACACAGCCAACCGCGCAAACAGCACACACACACACACACACACACACUCCACAAGGAUCACAUGAACACAGAGAGCUAGGAUCGAGCUAGGAUCUUACACGAAUCACACGCAUGAAUCAUCUACUCCAUCUUUUCAGGAUGAAAUUUUGGGAAAAGGUGCAUCACUGAGUUCAGUGUGAAGGGCCUUUUUGUCUGGCUGAAGCUUUGAUGCAGGCGAUGAUCGGAGAUCAGAUUAUAAGGGUCUGUCUGAUCGCAGGCACGCUGUCUUUGAUCUGAACCCGGAGCUCGUGUUGUUGGAUCCGGUGCGCUCUCUCUCUCUCUCUCUCUCUCUCUCUCUCUAACACACAUAUUGCAGAGGAAGAAACAAGCCGCUGUGAAAUGAGUGAGUGAAGAUACUGAAAGAUCCUCCCUGACUACACUACUGAGAAAAAGACCCGAAUUCAGGGACUCUAUCACUUUGGGUGUACAUGAGGAGACUUUCAGCAUGGCUCUGGCAUCAGGACUCAACUGCUCUCUUCUUCUGAAGACACUUUUCCUGCACUUAUUACUAGUUGCCGUAAUGGCAGAGGAAAGAAGAGCAUGCAGGGAGCAGGAAUACAAGGAUCAGUUUGGGAACUGCGUUGCCUGCAGGCAGUGUGAUGCCGGACAAGAACUAUCAAAGGAAUGUGGCUUCGGCUAUGGAGAGGAUGCCCAUUGUGUGCCCUGCAAGGCUAGCCGCUUCAAAGAGGACCAAAGUUCGCAGAAGUGUAAACCCUGCCUUGAUUGUGCCAACCUCAACCGCUUCCAGAAAGCCAACUGCUCCAGCACCAGCAACGCUGUGUGUGGUGAAUGCCUGCCUGGGUUUUACAGGAAAACAAAGCUAAGUGGAUUUCAAGACAUGGAGUGUAUCCCAUGUGGAGAUCCACCACCGCCUUAUGAGCCACAUUGCAUUGGGCGUGUGAAUCUGGUGCCCAUCCCUUCCACAGUGACAAGCCCCAGAGACAUGGCACUGGCUGCGGUCAUCUGCAGCGCUCUGGCCACCGUCCUCCUGGCUCUCUUCAUCCUUUGCAUCAUCUAUUGCAAGAGACAGCUCCUGGAAAAAAAGCCUGCAUCACUCAGAUCUCAGGAUGGUUCCUUGAUUGGCGCUGAACUGUCCUAUUUGGAUCGGCAACAAGUGCUGGACUUUUCCCAGCGGCCCUGUUGCUACUGUCAGCACAUCCCUGAGCAAACAUGUGGUCCUGUGCAUCUGCUUCCCUCCUUGUGCUGUGAAGACAUGCGACUUGGCCGAGACAACAGUCCCUUUCGGUCACAAAGCAGUCUGAAUGAGAGACUUGUACGGCAGUCAGCGUGGAACAGCCAGUGUGAUUUGGAACAAGCUGCCGAACCUCUUCCUGUGGAGUUCUCAGAGGAAUUACCCCUCAUGGAGAAGGCUGUAGACAGGACUCACCUCAGGCCACAGCCCACAAAUAGCAGCAACUCUUCCUCUGAGGAAGAUGAGGAGGAAAAUCUAAGAGAGAAAGAGCAUCAUGGGCCAUCGUUUGUCUCCACUAAGCUCUGUUCAGAGCUUUUACAGGAUGGCAGCUGUUUGGUAGAGCAACAUCUGUCUACAGUGGAAGAUUGACCUGGCUUUAUCUAGCUCACCUUUAUCCCUGAACUGCUCUGGAUGUGAAAAGGAGGCACUGAGGAAGAUGCCAGCUCAGAUUAUACAAGGCCACACACACAUACACAUCCUGAAAGCCAGGUGAUGUGCUCUAUCUCUCCAGGAGCUUGUGGCCCAUGGUUAUCCAACCCAAAUCAGACCAGAUGCUAUACAUAAACAUUACCAUGACCCAUAAAAAAAAAAAAAAAAACAGACUGAGGAACCCAAACAAACAACAGAAAAAUCUUCCCUACAGUGAUGAAGCUGAAUCAGAUUUUUUAAAAAAAAAAAAUUGCAAACACGUUUCUGAAAGAAACCACAGUCUAGAGAACUUUCUGAAUGAAAAUAUUUUGAAGACUCAUGAAUGUGGAUGACUGUUACAAUUUGGAAAAUCUGAACAUGACUGAAAAAGACAUUACUGUCCCAUAUCCUUGUUUUUUUUCCCCUUUGUAGAUAUUGUAUUAUAGAAUAUAGAAGGAUAAUAUUUUUCUAAUGUAGAUAACCCAAGGUCAGUCACUUUUUCAUAAUUACAGUUAAUGAGCACUUGCAUUCGUUGCUGAAAGUGAAACUUUAUUGCUUUUCAUAUUUGUAAAUAAAUAAAGAUCACCGAAAUAAACAAGAGUGAUACAUACAUGAAAA